AUGAGUGCUCCAGAAAUCAAAGAUGAAAUGAAGAGGAGGUACAACAUCAUCAUCUCACCUCCACAAUCACAAGUUGCUAGGAUAAUGAUCUUUGAUAAACUCCAAGCUGAAACUAACGAGCAGUUUGCACGGUUAAGAGAUUAUGAGGCUGAAAUUAAGAGGACAAAUAAAAACACCACCGUCGAGAUCAACACCAUCAGAAGAGAGGAUGGAGAAGAAAUGUUCCCCCAAAUCUAUAUUUGUUUUGAUAGGCUAAAGAGGUCAUGGAAACAGAACUGCAGACCCAUCAUCGGCUUAGAUGGUACGUUCUUAAAACACUCUGUCCAAGGGAUGAUUCUCACAGCAAUAGGAAGGGAUCCGAAUAAUCAGAUAUAUCCCAUAGCUUGGGCAGUAGUGUCAGCUGAGAACAAUGAUAACUGGGAAUGGUUCGUUCACAUGUUGAAGCUUGACUUGGAUUUGGGAGAAAGUGAAAACAUUUCUAUUAUAUUUGACAUGCAUAGGAGUUUGAUUCAUGGUGUUUCUAAGGAGUUGCCGAAGGCUAAGCAUCGAGCAUGUGCUAGACACAUCUACGCCAAUCUGAAAAAAUUGCAUAAGUCUGACACUUUGAAGCCCCUCUUUUGGAGAGUUGCAAGCAGUUAUAACGAUGCUGAUUUCAAGAUGAACAUCAAAACUUUCAUAGAAUUUGAUCCGCAGGCAUGUGACGAUCUGCUGAAGAAAGAUCACCGUACUUGGUGCAGAGCCUAUUUUAGGGUUGGUUGCUGUUGUGUUGAUACUCACAACAAUCUGAUAGAGUCUUUCAAUAGGAUUUUGAAGGCUGCAAGGAAGAAGCCAUUUGUGCAGAUGCUUGAGCUCAUUAGGAGAGAUGCAAUGCAAAGAAUAGCGAACAUGUACCUAAUAGCUUGUAAGGAGACUGGAAGACACACAAAGAAAGUAAGAAAGGAGAUAGAGAAGUCUUGUGAGGAAGCACAUCACUUUUACUCAGUCUCAAGUAUUGGGGGAAAAUAUGAGAUUGUGGAGGGGACAAAUGGCUACUUGGUGCAUCUCAAUAGGCGCACCUGUAAAUGGAAAGAGACUUACCACAAAGGUUUGAAGCCGCUUAUUGGUCCUAAGUUUUGGGAAGAAACGGGAGGAAAACGCAUCUUUGCAUCACCUUAUAAACGACCACCAGGUAGACCAAAAGGUAAAGCAAGGAUCAAGGGUGUCCAUGAAUCACCUUCUAAAAAGAAGGUUGGCCGAGAAGGAAGAGAAGGACAUUGUGGUUUAUGUGGUGAAAAGGGACAUAACUCAAGGAGGUGUCCACGUGAGUCUCAGGAGGACAGGGCGAAGAGCAGUCGUCUUAAUGAGGAAGCUCAGUUGGAGGGACAAGUUCAAGCUCAACUACAAGCUCAAGAGGAAGCAAAUGAAGAAGCACAAGAGGAUACUGAGAUGGAAGCUGAUUUAAUGGCUCAGAUAGGAGGAGGCCAAGCACACGAGGAGGCUGAAGUUCAAGAUGAUUCUUCUACGACACCACAACUAACUCAAGUUCUCCGAAGAAGCAGUCGUUUGGCUUCAUUGUUGUUUGGUUGA